ACCAGAAUGCUGUUGAGGUGGGGGUGGUGUUGACAUUUUUACUAUUUUUCUUCCCUAGUCCCUAGUAAAACCGAAUUUUUUGAAAGGUUGAAAAUGACUAUUACAGAUGACCAUUUCAUACCCUCAGACGAAGAAUUAACGGUCCAAGAAGUAAACCUAACCGGCCCAGCCUUAAAAGCAGGCGCGUUCCACUUGGGAAAAGUCUGCGAAGCCGAGAACAAUGAGUUCAUUUUGUGCCGUAAUGAAACGAAAGACCCACGGGCAUGUAUCAACGAGGGCAAGAUAGUAACCAGUUGUUCCUUGAAUUUUUUUAGGCAAAUUAAGAAGACUUGUGCUGAUGAGUUUGCUCAGUAUGCUAACUGCCUGGACAAGUCUAGUCCUGAUCAACAAUUCACACCUUGUAGGAAAACACAAGCGGUCUUUGACAAAUGUGUCAAAGACAAUUUAGGUAUUGAUAGGCCUCCAUUUGACUACUUUAAUCGGGUACAUGUGCAUAAAACUGCUCGUCCGAAGCCAGAAGAGCCCAGACCUGCCGUGUAUCCAGAUGCCACUCCUGGUUUGCCAGAAACAACUGAGGAGAGACCACCAGCCAAAUAUGGAUCUCGAUAUUUGUUCUUGUGGUAGAUAUGCAAAAGGGAUUCAUGUAGUAUUUCAUUUUGUUAGUAAGAGCGUUAAUAUAAAAGAACUAGUUUAAAUUUG